CGCCAUCCCAUAAAUAUACACUAUCGCAGACAAUUUUUCCAUGAACUGAGUAGCAACGGUAGCUGAGAGAGAGAGAGAGAGAGAGAGAGAGAGAGAGAGAGAGAGAGAGAGAGAGAGAGAGACGUCGGUUGAGGAGCUUAUGUGCGAGGCGAGGGGAGGGAGAGAGAGAGAGAGAGAGAGAGAGAGAGAGAGAGAGAGAGAGAGAGAGAGAGAGAGAGAGAGAGAGGUGGAUUGAGGAGCUUAUGUGCGGGGCCAGUUAAGACGAAGGAAUGGCACUACAUGAUAGACAGGUUAUCCAUCUCGCUGUAUUCUAGCUGGUCUCUUUCUGGCAGCAGCUGUUGAGGGCUGUCCGCGCACCCUUUCUCGAUCGUCACGCUCGUGUGGUCUCUCUGCUGUGUCCAGUAUUCGACGGCGAGGCGAGGUUGCGGCUCUCUUCGGGUGAUCCAGUGGCGCUGCAAUGGGCGUCGCCAAGGGUGAUAUCGGCAUUCCCUUUCUGAUGACAACCCUGGCUGGAUUAGCUACUGUACUGGGAGCUGCCGGGGUGUUCUUCGCGAAGUUGGCCAAUCGUACAAUCUUGGCAGUGUCGCUGGGGAUCGCCACUGGUGUGAUGCUCUACAUUGCCUUCUACGACCUUCUGGCCCUCGAGUCCAUCGAAUCGUUUGAGAAGGGCGGUUUGGAGGAGAAGUACGCGAAGCUUUAUGCCACCCUAUCUUUCUUCGGUGGCGUUCUUCUUCUUCGCUUGCUCGAUGGGGGCCUUCACGUUCUGGGCAAUGGCAUGAUCCGUGGGAAGCGCCCGGGAGGAGUGCCUCCUCUCUCGGAUGCUCAUGGCCGUGGCACAAGUCUGCCCUCCUGGAUGCGCGAUGAGGAUGAGAAGACCCCCGUCGUGCAUGCAGCAGCGACAGCAACUGCUUCCAACUUGUCACAGUCGACGUGGAGUGCGAGGCCAAGCGCGCCGCCUUCCAACUCUCCAACCAAAGCCCUCGACGUUGAGAAUCCCCCCGCGGGGAGGCUUCAGCAUGUGGAGGGUAGCACAACAAGAAAGGCGGGGACCACCAUCGCGGCUCCUGAUGGCAACGCUGCUACCCCUGCACCGAUCGAUGACAGGCAAGAGGCAGCUCGUCUUUUUCGGACGGGGCUGCUGACGGCUGUCGUCAUCGGCGUGCACAAUUUUCCGGAGGGCAUUGCAACCUUCGUGUCAUCGUUGAAGGACGUGAAGCUCGGAGCGUCGAUGUCCCUGGCCAUUGGUUUGCACAACAUUCCCGAAGGAAUCUGUGUCUCAAUGCCAGUGUAUUAUGCCACAGGGAGCAAGUGGAAGGCCGUCUUCUGGACCUUCUUGUCUGCCUUAGCAGAGCCCUUGGGUGGGCUGAUCGCGUACCUUGCGCUGGCCGACGUGAUGACCGAAGUGGCCUUUGGCAUUCUGUUUGGAUCUAUAGCAGGAGUUGUCGUCAGCAUUGUUUUGAUGGAGCUUCUUCCUGCGGCAAGGAGGUACGAUCCGGAGGACAAGUACGUGAGCAUCUGCGUAUUCGUGGGCAUGGCGGUGAUGGCCUUAAGCCUUGUUCUCUUCGACUUUUCUGGCUCUCAUUCGUGAGUUGCGAUGCUCAUUUGCAUUUUCUUCUCUUUCUGGAUCUGAGGGCAUACUCACACUAGCACUUUCCAGAAUGCAUCUGGAUUCUGGACGCAAUUACGGCCAAAAAACACCUGAAUGAAUCUCCCCGUAAAUGGCGUCCUAGUGUGAGUAUGCCCUCAGAGGACUCUCAAGUCUAGACCGAUUCCUGAUUCUCUCCUGACCUGACCAGUCUGAGGAACAGGUCAUGUGUAUUCUACUAUAGAUUCUGUUGGAUUCAGAGGAUGCUAGGUUCCCUUAAAUCCCUUUUCUUCUUCUAUAUAUUGUGGAGUGAAGGCAAUCAUCAGCGCCCUCCCCCCCCCCUCUUCCCCCCCUCCUUGAGUGCGAGAUGCAUCAUCAAACAGCAAGGCUGUCAAGUUCAGUACACGUGGAAUCCUACAAAGGUGUAGGCGCCUCUCUCAGGGAACCGUCAUUGGGUAGGGAUUUGGUCUUCACUCCUCUCCAGGAAGUGUGCAUGUGUGUUUGCCCACCUGCGCACGUAACAUGUCCGUUUCUGUGCGUUGAUAGCUGAGUAUAAUAGCCCUUUUCCCUUUUCUUCCCCCCCUCAAAUAGUUACACAGUUAAAGGAGGGUUUCAGCGGGGUUCUACUGUAACUAUCGGGCUUAUCCCUGAUCAAACCGGCAUACUGAUUUCUCUUCACAGUCUUAGAGAGCACGAGGGCAGGGGCAGUUGAGCAUGAUGAGGAGAAGGUUUAUUGAGAGGUUUAUUGAGUAGCAGUUGGAUUCGUUUUUUCUUAGUGUUUCCUCUGUUUUUCUUACUCUUUUCCAUUUUUUUAAUGUUACAUUUGGUUUCUUUCGUGUUUAGGACCUAAAGUUAUAGGACCUUACUUCUGGUCCUGUGGGCGGCAAUUGAAUUGCCCCAAAGUCAUGACUUGAAUGCAGAAGUCCCGUCUUAUGGCUCUUCCCUUCCUCCUUCUGUGACAAUGGGACACUGGACCCGAUUUCCAGUCAUUCCUAACUGAAACUGGGUAUUGGACAGUGGACACCCUAUUAUUUAUCCGGGUCGGGAGCGAGAAUCAUCACCCACAUGUUGAGGAAAUGAUAAUUUAACGUGAAAAAAAAAGGAUAACCUCAUAAAAUUG